AUGGGGCUAUCCGGUCGAUAUCUGGAGUAUUGGCUUGACGCCGAAGAGACUCUUCAGGACACGCGACAGGAUGACAAUCUAUAUGAUGCUGCUCACCUGGCACAACUUAUUGCCGCGUUGGGGCCCCCGACGCCUGAAUUUCUGGCCAGGAAUCCGAAGAGAACAGCUGACCUUUGGGGCGCACAAGUGAAUUGGCUGGGUCUUGUGCCGAUCCCGGACUCGCGGAUCAUGGAAGUGCUCAAGAUUCGAAUGCAGAAUAAGUCGGGCUUUCUUCGACGCAUUUGA